AUGAUACAGAACACACACCCACACAACAACGAGCAACAAGAUGCACAAACAAACUCAGAGAAGGACAUUGCUGAACCUACGAGUAUGAGUAGUACAGACGGUGCACAGCAGUCACCCCCCGUUACUAUUGAGGGCGAUGCCACGGUAACCGAUAAUAGUAGUGCCGUGUAA